CAACAUGGCUUCCAGCUUCUAUCACUCUAUGGUACCACAGCCCACUUUUGUGCCUCCUGCUCAGAACACUGUUCAACAAGAAUCUCCAAAAGAGAAGAAGAAGAGAACUAGGAAUCCAGAGAAUUGGAAGAAAGAGAAAAGAAAACGUGCAAUAUUGUCAGGUCAGGCCUACGUGAACACGAAAGGCGAGUUGGUAGGUCCUCGCGCUAUAGGCCCUGAUUGUAACUGCAAGAAUAAAUGUUUUACGGUCGUGUCUGAUGACAAUCGGAACGCGAUAUUCAACGGAUAUUACUCUUUAAACAGUUAUGAUGAGCAAAAUGCUUACCUAUAUGGACUUAUACGUAGACAUGAUAUUCAGAGGAAACGUAAGCCUGUGUCGGAGAGAAGAACUUGCUCAUAUAAGUAUUAUGUUCGAAUUAAAGGAAAGGAACUUCAGGUAUGCAAGAAGGCUUUUGCUAAUAUCCAUGGGAUCUCUGAUAAAAAGAUUAGAACACUCUGCAUCAAGCAUGAGCAAAAUAUUCUCUUUCCAAGAGAUAAUAGAGGUAGACACAAAAAUCGACCCAAAAAGGUCACACCAGAGUUGGUGACGCUCAUCAAACACCAUAUCCUGAAGAUGCUUUCUGGGCCAAAUGGCAGUGAUUUCAUUAAGACUGAUAAGAACCAAGGUCCUGACGUCAACAUUUCUAAACUUCAUAAGAAUUUCCUCCAGCAGUAUGAGCCAGAAGCAAUAGAUCCUGAGAGUGAUAAAGUGAUUAAGGAUUAUGAUGCCAAGGUUAAGUCAUGGUUGUACUUUAAAGUGUUCCAUGAAGAGUUUAAGUCUAUGGAUUUUAACACUGUGAAACGAAAGUUGUCUGAUCUUCGGAAGAGUUUAGAAGCUUCUGGUGCUCUGCAGUCCACCAAGAAAAAGACUACGAAACAGUCCAGACCACGACCUAGACCACAGGAGAACCAGGGUGCUCGUAUUAACACACCAAAUGAAGCCUCUACAUCAUCCAUAGGGGUUGCAGUUUCAGCAGCACCUACAACACAAAUGAGUGGAUACAUGGGAGGACAGCAACCUCCACCUUUACCACCAAACCUUCAGCUAAGUGUCUUGGGUCUGCAGCAUCUUGGCAACAACGCUCAUGCUGGUGCAGCAUUUAAUCCUGCUGUUGCCCAGCAACCUCAGCAACAACCUCUUAAUCUUCAGACUGGUGGUGGUGGAGGUGGUGGCCAGGGUGGAGAGCAGCCACAACCACUUCCCCUUAAUUUGCAUUCAAUGGGUGGCCAUAUGCCCUCAUAUUAUCUCUCACUUGGUCACAUGUCAAAUCUGAUAUCUUUGCCAGUAUCAUCAGGGGGUGGAGUUCAGACUGGGAAUGCUCAGACGGGCAAUUUCCCCACUCAGCAUAAUAUGCAACAAUUUAACCCAGGUUCUAUCAUACCAACACAUUCUGUAGCACAGGCAGCACCUGGGCCUACUGGCCAACCACAUGUUCUCCAGGGUGGUGUAGGGGUAACAUACACAGGAGGCCAACACAAUCACAGUAUGUACUAACCAUUGUCACCAGUAUAGAUUUUUUUUUUUUUUUUUUUUCUUUUUUUUUUUCUUGUAACCCAUAUUGGGAAUUUCAUGACGUAAUCUUUAAAUAUUUAUCCUUAACAUUGGUCAUUUGUUAAAUGCCAGUGCAGUUUCUUUUAUUUGUUGAUACAGGAUAUAAAAGAUGUUUAGAGUAUUUUUACAAAUGGUGCUGUAGAAGAGGAAAUAUCAGUAAAAUUUCAUUAAAUUAUUUUUGGAUUCCCCAAUAAACCAAGAAGUGGUGGAUGCAUCAUAAAUAAUAAAAAUGUAGAGUUUCUGUGACACCUCAGAGGAUGAGGAAACUAUGGCUGUGCUAGGGUAAAAUGUGAAGUGGCUGUCAUUUUAAAUAGCGUUCAUCAUACCGGUUCAUACAUUUUGUUGUUUACUUUCAUCAUAAAUAGCAUGGUGUAGAGAAAUAUGUAAAAAGAUAUAUAAUUUUAUUUUGUUUAUAUGCAAGAUAGUUUUGCCUUUUCACUGACCAGUUGAAUGUCAGUAUGUAGGUUGUAUAUUUUGAUGUCAUUAAUAAAUGGGUUAGAUUCUAUGGAUUAUUUUGAUAUUGUCAAAGAUUAAAAGUCAACUAGGUACAGGAUAUUUGUAAUAAUUAAAGUAUAAAGUGAUCUAUGAUUUAUAAUUUUUUAUGCAGCUUGCAAUAGCCAAAAGACUGAUUUUGCUAAUAGAAGCAUUCUGAAAUUGUGAAUUGUCAUUUUUUCUUCAGUAUUUACAUCUGAUCAAUAACACAACAAGAAAACACAGUUAUGUGAAAGGCCUUUAUGCUAUUUUGUAUUGUUGUGCGUUAUUGUCUUCUUUGCAACUUGUUUAACCAUGAAUCCUCAACAUCUUAUCAAGAUCUCAGUCAGGGCAUUUGAGCUGGCUCAUUUUAUUUGAAUUUAUCCUCAGGGAUAGAGGUUAGAAUCAGUGUGUGAUAGAUCCCUUUGUGACUACACAAGAGUCUGGUUUUAGAUUAAAUACUGUUAGCAAUGAAUGAAUUUUGAUGUUUAUGAGAAUGUUUUCUGUCUGGGAUAAUAGCCAAAAUAUUGUAAACAUCAAAGUGAGAGUUGUAGUCCUUCUAUACUUUAUCAUUGUCUUAUUAUAUGUAUAGUUAUUCUUUGUAUGUGACUUUAUUCAGAAGAUCAUUUUAAA